GUCGGGCGUGGAAGGCGCCGUGUAUGGCUACGGCUUCUCCUAUGUGCACUUCCGGGGGCCAGCGCUGCAUCACCCGUAUCCUGACACCAAGAUGUGUGAGGACGUGAAUUUCAUGCUGCAGCUACGGGAAGCCUACGGCCAGCGAGUUGGCUUACACCGGGACCUGGAGGGCAUCUGCCUCCAUGUCAUGCAUGGUGGCAACACUGCGGACUCCAUGCUGCAUCGCGCGGUGUCCGCAGAGGACAUGGCGAAGCUGGACGUGUGCAAGCUCGACUUUGUGGCCGCGCUUGCCAGGAAGGUUCAGAAAGAGCUGGAGCGGCCCGGGCGCUUCUUUGUGCACGCGUCCACCGCAGAAUCAAUGCUGCAGUUUCAGGCCACUGUCGAGCAAGACGUUCGAUUUACCGUCCGAUGCCUUGCAAAGGGCAUGACGAUGAAAGACCUCCAUCGGAUCCCCGAAUUGCAGGAGACGUGGUAA